GAGAGAGAGAGAGAGAGAGAGAGAGAGAGAGAGAGAGAGAGAGACAUUUACAAGUGUGAAGUGUUGAAACGCAGGCCUGCUCGUUCAUACUCAACAACUUUCACUCACGUCAGGAUAUACAGUAUAAUCGGUCGGGCACCAGGAAGCCGUUUGUCCACUGUAACGGCUUAGUUCGUCUCGGGUUCGGUAUCGUCGGGUUUCUGUUGGAUCUGUAGUGUCUGGCUAGCGAGCACACAGCUAACCGCAGCUAGCCGGAUAAAUCAAAUUUUCCUCAGCCUCAAGAGUCCUUUACACACACAGAAUGGCACUAAAACGAAUUCACAAGGAGCUGACUGAUCUGGGCAGAGACCCCCCAGCACAGUGCUCAGCAGGGCCAGUUGGAGAUGACUUGUUUCAUUGGCAAGCGACAAUUAUGGGACCUAAUGACAGUCCAUAUCAAGGCGGUGUGUUUUUCUUGACCAUUCAUUUUCCUACAGACUACCCUUUCAAACCACCUAAGGUUGCAUUCACCACAAGAAUUUAUCACCCAAAUAUUAACAGUAAUGGCAGCAUCUGUUUGGAUAUUCUAAGGUCACAGUGGUCUCCUGCUUUAACUAUCUCUAAAGUUCUAUUGUCCAUCUGCUCACUCUUAUGUGACCCAAACCCAGAUGAUCCAUUAGUGCCAGAGAUAGCACGUAUCUAUAAAACAGACAAUGAAAAGUACAACAGAAUAGCUCGGGAAUGGACUCAAAAGUACGCCAUGUGAUACCAGUGGAAAAUCAGACCAAUCUGCAGUAUAGCUGGAAAAAUAUAAUUUUUAAUUUUUUUUGUCUCCUAACUGAAUUUACAGUCCAGUAUGUAUUUAGACCAAUUCGGUUCUGCUUGGUUAUUAUGCCCCCUUCCAAUAUUCAUUCACAUGCUGUAAAAAAAGACCACAAAAGUUGCAAAUAUCACCAACAUUUUGUACAGAAAAAAGCUUGUGUUAAAGAAGCAUGUUUUAACUACGAGCCCAGACAUUUUUUUAUUGUUAUAAGAAAAAGAAUUACUAAGGUGAAACCAUCGGCCGCUUGUAACUCACGCCACUGGCUAGAGGUGCUAUGUAAGAAAAUAAAUCCAACGGCUCUGUGGGUGCCAACAUACCUCAAAAAGACGAUCUGUUGCUGGGUUGGCCUUCGUGUUUUUUAUAUGCUUUUACACUAGCAAUGAGAUCUAUUGUCUGUGAAAUAUAUUCUUGCUUAUAACUGACUGUUUCUUACCAAAUCAGUCACGUCAUUGUAUCAGCAGUUACGAAAAUAUAUAUUUUGCAUGUUAAUGGAACAAUAAAAGUAAUUGGUCUGUAGUCUGCCAAAAAUGAAUAUCUGCAGACGAUGUUAAGCAAAUACACGUCCACUUUUAGAGUCUGACAACUUAUUUUGUUACUCCUUUUCUCUCCUCCUUUUGAUGUUUUUAGAACAGGGAGCUAUUAGUUCAUCUAUCCUCCUAAACACUGUUCUCUCAUUGCACUGAAUAUGAUUGAAAGCUCUUGGUGGAUGACCGAUCAACUAAUAGCUCUACUAGCUGUUGAUUUUGUUUGCUCAAUAAAGUUGAUAAACUAUCA